GGUAAAUGUUUUGCGAUCGACAGGAGGAUGUGCUGCGAUUGCAAUGCUUGUGGGUCCGGACGCUGCCAUCGUUUUUGACAGGAAAGUGCGGUCCACUUACAUGUCUAACGUCUAUGACUUCUAUAAACCCGAUAUGAGUUCGGAGUACCCGACAGUCGACGGCCCGCUUUCCAAUCAAUGCUAUCUCCAGGCACUCGACAAAUGCUUUAAACUAUAUUUCGAAAAAGCAAACAAACUGACGAAAGGCACGUCUCUCGACACCUUUGACGCUAUUGUAUUUCACGCCCCGUAUUGUAAACUCGUCCAGAAGUCCAUCGCACGACUUCAGCUCCUUAACUAUCUGCAGAGUUCGGACAAUCAAAACAACGAUUCAUUUAAAGCGCUGGAAAAUUACAAAAAUGUGAAACUGGAGGAGACGUAUAACGACAGAGAGUUGGAGAAACUUCUGUUGACUCUAAGCAAACGCACGUUUGAUCAGAAAACGGAUCCGAGUCUGAUGUUGGCGCGCACUGUCGGCAAUAUGUAUACGGCAUCUCUCUAUGCAUCCAUCACUUCUCUGCUAUUGAGUGAAUCGGCCGAUAGUUUGGCGAACAAAAAGCUGCUGUUAUUCUCAUACGGGUCUGGUUUGGCCGCAUCCAUGUUCUCAGCGAGAGUGACAUCGGAUCAGACGGUACUCUCAAAACUGCUCAAAGGAAUCGCUGAUAUUCCGAACCGAUUGAGUCGUAGGUCGAAAGUGUCGGCCGAAGUGUUUGAAGAAGCGCUGAAUCUUCGAGAGAAGACGCAUAACGUGGCGCCAUAUAAGCCGAUCGGAUCGCUCGACCAGUUAGUCGCCGGAACCUAUUUCUUAACGGCU